UUCCUCCGUCUGGUUCCCAAGUCCACCAGCCUUCCUCCUCUUGCUCCGUUCCUCUUCGCGUGCCGAUUGACGACGAAUUUCUAGAGCGCCGUACCGGCGCACGACUCCCGAGCCCCGCCCCGCCGCUCUCCGGAAUUGGGAGGCAGCCUUGCCUUGCGCUGCGGCGAGAGGCGCGGCUAAGGAGGGAGGGGUGAUGUACCCGGUGGCCACGGGGCCGCCGCCGGCGCGGCUGCCGGCGGCGUCGCGGGUGGACAAGGCCACGAGCCACCUGCUGCAGGGCCCAGACUGGGCCGUCAACCUCGAAAUCUGCGACACGCUCAACGCCGACCGCUGGCAAACCAAGGAUGUGGUAAAAGCAGUGAAGAAGCGAUUGCAGCAUAAGGACCCAAAAGUUCAAUUCCUAACUUUGACGUUGUUGGAGACAAUGAUGAAGAACUGUGGUGAAAAUGUUCAUUUUGAAGUUGUUGAUCAACAUAUUUUACAAGAGAUGGUUAAAAUUGUCCAGAAGAGGCACGAUAUGCAAGUGAGGGAUAAAGCAUUAUUACUUCUAGAUUCAUGGCAAGAGGCAUUUGGUGGACCUGGAGGCAAAUAUCCGCAGUAUUACUGGUCAUACAUUGAACUAAAGAGGUCAGGAGUAAUGUUCCCACGACGUCCUGUGGAUGCUCCUCCAAUAUUUACUCCACCCGCAAUACAUCAAGAAUAUGGUUCACCUAGAUAUCCUUCUGGAAGUCUAAAUGAGAGAAUGACAUCCGAUGUUGAAACAUUGAGUUUCGAGGGCUUGAAUAAUAUUAGAAAUGCAACAGAACUGCUGCGUGAUAUGGUGAAUGCUUUGAACCCUGCUGAUCGCAUGGCAGUUAAAGAUGAGAUUAUUACAGAUCUUGUAAAUCAAUGUCGUUCAAAUCAACAAAAGCUCAUGCGAUUUGUCAGUUCCACAGGGGAUGAGGAACUGCUAAAGCAAGGCCUAGAAAUAAAUGACGGCUUACAGAGUGUACUUGCAAAACAUGAUGCUAUUGCUUCUGGUUCACCAUUACCAGUUGAAACACUAAGUAGAGAAGAGUUACACAGAGAGGAUCAAAACCAACAGCCUUCUACACCAGCAAUUCCACAUGAUAAUAAGGUUCAAGUUGAAGAGGAUGAAGAUGAUGAGUUUGCUCAGAUUGCAAGAAGAAAAAACAAAUCUGUGAUAAGCAGUGAUGAGGCAUCGUCCAGUGCUGGUGAUCAGGCCCUUAUAGCUGUUGAUCCAGCACUUUCUGAAGUCUCUUCAGUCACAAGCAAUGCACUUGUUCCUGUUGAUUCAACUUCUGUCAGUGGCACAAGGACGAAAGAGCAGGAUAUGAUUGACCUUCUCAGCCUCACCUUGUACAGUCCUCCUGAACCAUCUACGGAUUCUUCAACACAGAGCCAAACUGGGGCUCAGCCGAGUGUCACAUCAAAUGGACUAGAAGUACCGCCAAACUAUCAGCCUGCUGCGGCAAACUAUCCUGCCAGUAACCAGGCUUAUCCAACAAACCAGGGAUAUCUUCCAUACAACAACUAUGUUGCACCUUGGGCCCAAACUGGACCAGUCUCUCAGCCUGGAGCAUAUCAGACUCAACCCCAGCAAUAUGUGUCCAGCUAUCCAGCACCACCAUGGGCUAUGCCUGCAAGUGCCAACUCAACCAAUCCUUUCCAGCCUGCGACAUACCAAAUGCGAAACCCUCCCGUUGCUUCUGUUGCCCCUGCAGCUACCUAUCCAGCUCCGUCGAAGCCGUAUGCUGCUCCGCCAAUGCAACAUGUUCCACCUCCAAACCCCAAGCUGAUGCAUAGUUACAACUCUUCUGUUUCUCAAACAUACAAUGGUCCGAGCAUGGCUUCAGAUGCUCGGAUGAAUGGGAAUCAACGAUCAAAAGAAACUCCAGCAAUAGCAGCCAGACCUUAUUACAUGCCAGACAAUUUGUUUGGUGAUUUGAUCGACGUAAAGAGUUUUGGCGCUGGAAGCAAGAUCAAUAGGUCGACCAGCAUGCCAAGUCCUAAGGGUGGUGGCCAGCCUAUGAUAGGUAGAAACAAAUAGGCCUCCACAGUUCAGAUUUGAGAUGAUCAUAUUGAUUACUCGCUACUGUCGUUUGGCUUGAUGUAAAUUUGAUGUAUAUUCCAUAUCGGUCAGUCAGUUAGUAUUGGUUAUUUUGGUUAAUUUUGUGGUUGCGGCGUGCGUAUUUUUAUUUCAUUGCUGCUGAUGAUCAGUGACAUUCUCGUGAUGGCUUGUUAAUAUCCAUAAGGACCAUAACCAUUGCCUGCUUCA